AUGGGACCAAAAGUAGAAGUUGUUAUUUCUGAGAAUGUUAUGCCUGAUGAAGUAACUACUCCUCAUACCAGACCUCAUGGUAAUUCUCCUAUGAUUGAUACUUCUUUCAAUUCUGCUCAAUUUGAUUUUACUAUUUCAUUUACUCCUCUUCAACCAAUUCCACCAACAUCACUCUCCAUCCCUUUUGGAACCAUAUCAACUCCCAUUUCAAAACAACUAAGUAUAUCUGUUACAAUUACCACCCCUACACCAACUAUUUCUGUAACAAUUCCAAUACUAAUUCCAACUAUAUCUGAAUCAACCAUCACUACUACUGUUCCAAUUAUUUAUGAAACAACUACAACUACUACCCCGAUAACCACUGUAACCAAUCUACCACAAAUACCUCAAAUUCUUCUCUCCCAAAUCUUGAAUCCAAAUGAAAGCAUCAGACCUGAACAAACCCCCACUAUAAAAACUGAACAACCAUUUGAACCAACACCACCACCAAUUAUUGAACCAAACCCACUGACCCUAAACCAAAUCAACCAGAAGACUUCUCUUCUGAUUCAAUCUUUUCCACACCCUCUUCAUUCAUACUCACUAUCCCUAAAAUGUGUGCUUUUCUAG